CAAAUUAAACUUUAUUUCUGCUGAGCAGAAUAAACUGUACCUAAGCUCGAACUUAGUUUGGGACACAAAAAAAAAACAAAAUAAACUAGUUAAAAAAAUAUUAAAUGGCAAGAUUAUCGCCUGGCCGGCUAGCCUCGGUAGAAGAAUCGGCAGAGUCAUCAGAAAGUGAACAUGAAUGCGGAGAACCAGCCAAAAUAUUUGCUCGAAAGCUUACGACACAGAAAAAUGUUAAAUCACCGUCAUCGACGACCGCCACCAUCAAAGAAGGCUACUUGAUGAAACAAACAUGGUCAUUCCAACGUUGGAAGCGGCGAUAUUUCAAGCUCAAAGGCAACGUCCUGUAUUACGCAAAGGAUCAUAAGAGUGACAUCUUUGAUGAGAUUGAAUUGUCGAAUUUAUGUUACGCUGAGUGUAGCAUCAAGAACGUGAAUCACAGCUUUCAGCUGAUUACACCUCAUCGAUCUCUUGUCUUGUGUGCCGAAAAUCGUCGUGAAAUGGAAGACUGGUUGCAAGCAUUGAAAGCCGCCUCUGCACGAGAAUUCUUCGAGCCCGGACCGGUGGAUCAACACGACUUCCUCUCCGGACACCAUAACUGGUAUGCAACGUCACACGGACGGCCCACCUACUGCAACGUGUGUCGCGAAGCACUCUCGGGCGUCACAUCGCACGGUCUCUCGUGCGAAAUAUGCAAAUGUAAGGUGCACAAGAGGUGUGCCGCAAAAGCCAUUGCCAAUUGCAAAUGGACGACGCUUGCGAGCGUGGGCAAAGACAUAAUCGAGGACGAGGAUGGGAACAUUGUGAUGCCGCAUCAGUGGAUGGAGGGAAAUUUACCGGUGUCAGCCAAAUGUAUUGUCUGUGAUAAAACGUGCGGAUCUGUGUUACGGCUGCAGGAUUGGCGGUGUUUGUGGUGCCGAUCAACAGUGCAUACGCAAUGUCGUCCAAAUGCUCAUGUUCGAUGUCCGUUGGGACCAGCGAAGGUAUCCGUGGUGCCACCGACGUCACUUCACAGUAUCGGUCUCGAUGAUGCGUGGGAUGUUGUGAGGCCCCAGGGAACUUUUUCACCCUUGCUGGUGUUCGUCAACAGCAAAUCGGGUGACAAUCAGGGAGUCAAAUUUCUACGGAGGUUCAAGCAACUUUUGAAUCCUGCGCAAGUGUUUGACCUAAUAUCUACGGGACCUGGACUUGGUUUGCGCCUGUUUCGACACUUUGACCCGUUUCGCAUUUUAAUUUGCUCAGGGGACGGAUCUGUUGGAUGGGUUUUAAGUGAAAUCGAUCGAUUGGAUAUGCAAAAACAAUGUCAAGUUGCUGUAUUACCGCUGGGAACAGGUAAUGACUUGGCUCGCGUACUUGGAUGGGGCAGCUCUUGUGAUGACGAUACAAAUCUCGCUAUGCUGCUGGAACGUUACGAAAAAUCCAGCCUAAAGUUCCUCGAUCGAUGGAGUUUAAUGGUUUUCGAGAAGACAGUGGGCGUACGAACACCGAAAAUGUCAAUUUCGGCCCCUGGCCCGGAUCCGAUGUUGCAACAGUACCAAACGUCGGCACUUUGCCACCUGCAAUCAAUCAUUGAGACAGACGACUUUGAUGUCAUGAUAACAUCUGUGCGCAUCUUAUGUGAGGUCGUAAAUGAUUUCAUCAGUCGUGUAACGGAGAAUAACCGGGAGGACGAGCAGUUGUCCAUUAAAUGUGAUUUACUGAGACAAAAGCUUGGCAUGUUACUUGAUACCUUGAGAGACGAAGAGAAUGGAUUGCAUCGUGAUGAUGAAUUGCUGAAAACGUUGAAGGAAAUUGCGGAAAAAGGAUCCACAGAACGUCCGUUCGACAAUUUUCCCAACAUGGAGCAACGACGUGCAUCUGUGAACAAGCUCGAAAAGGAUCAUCUGAACACGAAGGAACGCAUCAGUCGCAGCAUGAAACGAACGGAACGCGAAGCACUUCAAUGUCGUGCCAAUAGUUUGAAACGAGCGAUGAGUAAUUGCAUCGACUGGCAAGAUCGUCCAAACAUAAAACCAACUCGGAGAUUCUCGUUACGCGUCGAUCACAUUCCCAAAGUGCAACAAUCGUCAUCAGCUGACACCACACCAUGUAGCUCACCCGUGCCAAUCGCCCAUUCGUUAUCUCCUUCGCCGUCACACACGCGAUUGACAUGCAUUUCCCCGUUGCCUGACAUUCGUCGUGAUUCCGUUGACGAACAAUUUCUAAACACGCUAAACUUACCGGCUCCAAAGGAAUUUGCUGAUCCGAAUUCGCGUCGAUGCUCUGCAGCGCAACCGCCUUUGAUGGAGGAGAAUGAGGACAGCUCGGGUUCCGGUAAGACAACAAUCAAAGUGGAUUCGAGCUCGUUGAAAGUCACGUAUUUGUCGGAUUCUGUUGCAACGACGGCACCCACAAGUGUGACUCUGGAAAAUGAUACGAAACCUAUUUUAUUCGACUUUGAUCUGAAUAAAGCGAAGGCAUAUAGUGUGGCAGAAGGAAAGUUGGCACCCAAGGAAGACGAAUAUGUUGGAUUUACGCCUAUUGAAGUGCUUGAACGGAAUUUACUGAGAAAUCAACAAAUGACAACGAAUAACUCGCUUCAAGUUCCUGCAAUUAACGUCAUGGAUGGCCUAGAGCGCUUACCUGCGGAAAAUGUCUACGUGGGCGACAACAUAACGAUCAUCGACACCGAUGCCCUGCAAAAAGAUCAGCAGCAACAUCACUCGUCUAGCGACGAGCAGCUUCCUGGUGAAGCCAGCGACUUACUUUCGACGAUCAGCAACGAAGAAUGUAGCGUUCGAUCGGAAAUUCUGGAUCGUCCAUCGGAAAUUUCACAGUUGGUGACAGAUUUGAACGAUUUGGAUCUUGAUCAAAUUAAUCACAUUGACUCUCCGGAUGCGAGUGAUAACACCGACAUGCUACAUGGCGAAAGUUUGCUGGAUGACGUGAGUUCCUUGCUUGGACAAGAUUUGCUCGGAGCGUUGCAGGACAGCACGAUGACCGAGGAUUCGACUUUGUGUACGCUGGAACGUGAAAGAUCUCGUCGUCGUAGCUUAAAGCAACAUCUUCAGAAGCAACAACAACAACAGAACAGCAACGAGACACCGGCGGCGACAAAAUGCGAUUCCAGCCAAUACGGAUUUGAGAAUCGUUUGUUCGAGUUGACGGAAAAUCGUCAAGCCGAGCCAAAACGUUAUCCCAGUUUGGCUCAGUUCGACAUCGAAAACGAUAUUGCGCGCAAGAGUUUUAAACGGCAAAAAUCACUCAAAAGUGCCUCUUUUAAAAGACGUCAGGACGCAUUGAAGCUCGAACAGGAAAACAAUCGACUCACGGAUGCCAUUCAGAUUCAAAUUCAGGGCUCGCACUCAGACUUGUCGGAACCGGACCAGGAAACGGUCAAAGAAACCAAAGGCAAACCUCCAAAUUUGAAGUUGGAUGAUGCAGCGACGUCCAUUGAGACAGACGGCGAAACUAAAUAUUCCAAAGAAACCAGUGAAAAAGAUGAAAUUAAAAAGAAAAAAGUUCCUCAUAUCAGUUUUGUCAUUGAACCUCCUUCGCCUUCAAUUAGCGAUCAUGAGUUACGAUCGACGAAACUCAAUGAAAAUCGGCGACACUCAAGUCAUACGCCGAGUUUAUUGGCACCGAAGGAUAUGGAGAUGAAUAGACGUCAUUCUGGGAAUAAUCCAAAUUUGCUGGGACUCGAUAGAGAACAUGUCAGAUUUUUAAAUUGCUCACCAGCGGCAACGAGACGCAUAUCAGUUGGGAGUUUGUUUAAGCCAAACGAAACAAAUCCGUUGUCCUUGGGAGCCUCAAAAUCGAAUUUGUACAGUGGUUCGACGAUGUUUGGUGAGAAAGACAAACAUGCGGAAGAAAAGAAACGAGAAAAGGAACGUGAGAGAGAACGAAUGAUGAAUAAACGACUUCCCAUAAUCAAUCCUCUUGUGCAACUUCCAUCUUGGCCAAAUGUCAAUAGUGGAUUCAUCUCUAAAUGUUUGUUGGCCAACGCAGAUACACUUUGUGCAGCCGUUAGUCCGUUAAUGGAUCCGGAUGAGACGCUGAUGGAAGGAUAUUACGAAAAAUGUGUCAUGAACAAUUACUUUGGAAUCGGAAUCGAUGCUAAAAUCUCACUGGAUUUCCACAAUAAACGCGAAGAACAUCCUGAGAAGUGCAGGUCACGAGCCAGGAAUUACAUGUGGUACGGUGUCUUGGGCAGCAAACAAUGGUUACAACGAACAUACAAAAAUCUCGAACAACGAGUCCAACUAGAGUGCGAUGGUCAGAGGAUACCGUUGCCUUCGUUGCAGGGAAUCGUCAUCUUAAAUAUUCCAAGUUUCAUGGGCGGUACAAAUUUCUGGGGCACCAAGAAGGAGGAUGACAUUUUCUAUGCACCCAGUUUCGAUGAUCGUAUCUUGGAAGUAGUCGCCGUUUUUGGUUCAGUCCAGAUGGCAGCGUCGCGUUUAAUCAAUUUGCAGCAUCAUCGAAUUGCACAAUGUCAAAGUAUUCAAAUAAACAUCUUGGGCGAUGAAUAUAUGCCGAUUCAAGUGGAUGGCGAGGCAUGGUAUCAACCACCGGGUGUAAUUAGGAUCAUUCACAAAAAUCGUUCACAAAUGUUGUGUCGAAAUCGUUCAUUGGAGAUGUCUCUGAAGUCGUGGGAGCACAAACAAGAGAAACGCCGCCAAAGUAUCUCGAUGACACGCGAACAAACAUCGAGUGUGUGCGAGAGUGAACGACGCGACGGCCCCACACCCGAUGGGCUCUUUACGGAACGCGAAAGUUACUUGCUAAUUAAUUUCAUUGAGUGUUGUAGUACGUUAGUUAAAUGGGUAAAACUUUUGAUUAUAUCACAUCCGCAGCUGCAUGCUGGUCUGUAUGCUGUCGCGAUGAAGACCGGAGACGCCCUGGAGGCGAUUCAUCCGGGCGGCAAAAUUAUCGAGGGACCUAAUCUGCGAAAACAAUUGACGGAACUCGUGAAAACGGCGCGUCAAUUGUACGAGGAGACGUGCGAGUUGUUGCGGGAACAGGGACAAACGUUAAUUAUGCGCGAGGAUUUGGAGACUAAACUGAGCGUUGGUCUGGCAAACAUGGAAAUGGAGCUGCGCCGAUGCACGGUUCACAAGUCGGAAACGGGUGAAAUUCGUGCGUAUUUGAAUGUCCUGGCGCCAAAUGACGAUCCCGUCGAUACACGGAAGAAAUCGAGACCGUUUUGGAUGCGAUUCGCUGGCGAACGCAAACAAUCCAUCUCAACGAACAAAAUUCACUCGUCACGGGAUUCAUGUAACACGUGGGGCGUCAAUGAGGUCAUUACGUGGCUCGAGGCGAUGCAGCUGUCCGAGUACAUCGAUAGCUUUGUACGCAAUGACAUACGUGGCAAGGAGUUGCUGCAACUCACACGACGCGAUCUCAAGGACUUGGGCGUCACUAAAAUUGGACAUAUCAAGCGCAUAUUGCAGGCCAUAAAGGACCUGUCGGAAAAUUAGUAUCGCGAGAACCCAGUAGAUCCCGCCAUUUCCACCUCAACCUCCUCCUCCUCAUAUUCCAACACUAGACAUCUCAAUCUUCUAGAUAGUUCCGAGUCUAGUUCACAAAUAUCCGACGAUGAUGAUGAUUAGAUUUAGUGAAAAAUUAAAACAUUUUAAGCCCCGAUUUUAGAUUUAAGAGAAUCAAAUACGUUCCAAAUUCUAAAUUUAUAUAAAAAUAACAACAAGUAAAUAUUAUUAAAAUCCUUCUAUUCUUCACCUUAAAUAUCUUUAGAGACAAACUGAUGUAAAAAAAGAAAGAAAAAGAAAAUUCUGGGACAAUCAUUUAUACCUGAGAAGCUUCUUUUACUUUCUUUCCUUUUCACAAAAUAUCUAGUUUUUAACACAAAUACAA